AUGACGCGCACACGACACGGCAAAAAGACGCACCACGCUCGUCGCGAUGUCAAGCGAGGCAUGAGGACAAGAGCCAUGAAGCUCCACCCUGAUCAGAUUCAGGCCAAUCUCAAGGACCCCAAGAAGCUCGAAGCUUUGCAGAAUCCCAAGGAGCUCGAUGUCGAAAAGGCCGGUCUCGGUCUCUUCUACUGUGUCGAGUGCGAUCGACACUUUCCUUCGCAAAAGGAUCAGCUCAGCCACAUGGCUUCCAAGUUGCACAAGCGUCGCGCCAAAAAGAUCACCGAGGAGCCCGCCUACACGAUCGAGGAGAGCUUGCGAGCUGUCGGUAUCCGUAUCGACAACAGGCAGCGAACAUCAAAGCCCGCUGAAGAGCCCGUUCAGGAGAUGGCCUGA